UUUAAAGAUUCACAGCUAUGUCUGACGAACCGGAGGAAAGCGCAUAUUAUCUGCGUCUUGUGUCUAUGUAUAUGGACAUUGGUACAGAGACUGUUCUGGGUGUGUUUGUACAUCAUUCGCCAGGAAAAGAUGCUGAGACAUUUCUUGAGACAAACCAAAAUGGUAUUAUUAAACUGAAAACCGAUCAUAUCCUAAAUGAUCAGGAGUGUGCAUCACUUCUGCAGGAAGGUACACAUGAUCUGAAGAAUCCGCUUGAUCUGAAUGGUUUUGAUGUGUCCUUAUUAAUUACACUGGCAAGAAAUCUUUUCACGAAUCAACAAUUACCACCUCCCGCGAAAGGAUGGCAGUAUCCACCAAGAAACAAAGAUAAAUCUAUAGCCGCUGACCUUAUUCGUCUGAAGAAAACCAGAAAUAUUAUCGUUGGUCAUCAUCCGAGAGCACGAUUGCCAAAGUGGAGAUUUGACGAGGAAUGGCAGAAAGUGUCAGAAAUAAUCCUUAGAUUGCAACGACAAAUAGCCCCUGGAAACGUAGUACACAUUAAAAAGAGAAUAGAAGAGUACCGUGUACAGAGGCUAGACCCUAGUGUUGAAAACAAGUAUGAUGAGAAAUUAAAGGAAUGGCACGAGGAAAUCACGAAGGUGCAGGAUCAGGUUGGAGAAUUAUUCAAGGAACUUGAAGGUUUUGACGCCUAUUUCAGAAAUAAGAAUGAUCGAUUUGAAAGGUAUACAAAGUUAUUGACCAAAGGAGGCCGCUUUGUUUUAUCAGCCCUUCUCAAUAAGAAAAUAGAAAAGCAUGGAAGAGAUUUACGGAGCAUACUUGAUGAAAACAAAGACAUUCUUAACAGGAAUAUAACUGACUCAAAACAAUUAGAUCUUCUUUUUCCACCGACCAACCCAACAGAUCCGUUGGAUACGUCUUCGUGGGGUGUUUCCCUUCUGGCGACAGUUAUUCUACAGCUGUUCCACAGUGAAAAAGACAGAGGAAUAAACUUAGACAUAAAAAGUAUAGGUGAUGCUCACAGGAAUUAUGCAGAUGCUGCCCUGGUAGCUUUAGAUAGUAACACGUUUGAAGAUUAUUGGACAGACCUUAAAGCAAGUAUAAAAACUGUUUCUCGCAAACUUGAUAAAGACAUGGCUGCUCGAUGUCACCUGAUAUUGGAAGAAUGCAAGAAGGGGGUAUCAGAGAAGGAAUUCCAGACUUACAUGGAUGAACUGAAAGCACAAGGCUGUCUAAUGAAAACAUUUACUGAUAUUUUUAAAGAUACACUACAGAAAACUAAAGACUUCCUACAGGACAUGAUUACACAUGGAAUAAGUUUCAACAAUGGUCACGAACUGGAGCUUAAGAUGAUUACUCUCGGUAAUAAUGAAGAGAAGAAAAAACUGGCAGAGGAAAUUCUGACGGAGGUUUGGCAUGAAGCGUUAGACAGAUCAAUUCAAACUUCGGAUUUUCCCGAAGUGAAGAAAGAAGUUGAGAAUAUAUUGGCAGAAAUCAAAAAGUCAAAGAGCGUUAAAAACAUCUCAAUCAAAACUGCAUGUAUAUUGCUGCAGAUUACAUGCAUAUCACCAUGUGACAUGUUACACAUGAUUAACUAUUUCGAGAGUAAAAGAUGUCUCGAAUCACUUGAAAACAUAUCAAAGGAGCUGGGAUACUAUUUUGACACAUCCUUCGCAGUUUAUUCUGUUAUACCCAUCGAUUGUCUGUGGGCUAUAUCAAAUGUACAAAGUGAAUCCGCACAACCUAGAGACAGUGGCAUAAGGCUUCCGAUAACGGUAUUUUCGCCGGCUGGGAUAAAGCAUCUGAUAUCAUUGUGCGGCAGCGAAAAGAUAGCAAAUAGUACAGACUCUAUUGCAGACGAUUUGUCGAAACAUUUAGAUGACACAAUAACACUGAAAAUGUCAACAGAUAUGAAAGAGUUAGGCAUCAUUUUUGAUGAAGAUAAGUCGAGUUCAGACAGUUGUAGCGAUUGCUCCACGACGGAAAGCAAUGUUCAAAAUAGCUACGAGCUGAUUCAGCCCGAUGUUUCCGAAGAAAGCCUUGAAGGAAUGAGUCCAGGGAUUAUCCCCAAAGAUUCGACAGGACAGCAGUUAGAUGAUAAGAAGGUAAAACAGCCUUUUCUGGCUAAUUUUGUUUUUGUACAAGCAAUGUUAGUGCCAAACAUUUACUGA